UUCCUUGCAUAUAUAAUAGGACCUUCAAGCUAAUUAAUGCCAUCCUUAUCAUCUACUGAAAUCCCUCUCUACACAACCAACCUUUAAUUUCCACCAUGGCCAUUGCAGUCCUAAAACUCAUUUUCUCCAUUUUAUUUCUCUCAAGCUUCAUAAUCCCGGGAUAUAAUUGUCAAGAAUUUUCAAGAAAAUCAUCAAAGAAAGAGUUUGGCCUCAAAAGAGAAAAACUAAGCCACCUUCACUUCUACUUCCAUGACAUACUCAGCGGUCGAAAUCCCACCGCCGUCCAAGUGGCUUCAGCCGCCAUGACGAACACCUCUUCCACCUUGUUCGGGGCGGUGAUAAUGAUUGACGAUCCUUUGACAGUUGGCCCAAGCAUGACCUCCAAACUUGUUGGAAGGGCACAAGGCAUUUAUGCAUCGGUAGAUUUGGAUGAAGUAGGGCUUUUGAUGGUUUUGAACUUCGCUUUUGUUGAAGGCAAGUACAAUGGUAGUACCCUCAGUGUGUUGGGGAGGAACAACGUGCUCUCCGCCGUGAGGGAGAUGCCGAUUGUCGGCGGAAGUGGGCUUUUCCGAUAUGCUCGUGGCUACGCUCAGGCAAAGACUCACCAAUUUAAUUUACAAACCGGGGAUGCCAUUGUAGAGUACAAUGUCUAUGUCUUCCAUUACUGACCUACUCCUAGGUACAGCUACCGUCCCCAAUCUUUGGUAUAAAUUUUGGAAGGAAUAAUCCAUUUCUACCCAAUGUGUGAGUGAGGGGGUCGGGCCUCGCACAUUUAUUGGUGUGGGCCUCGAUCCUCAUGUGAGUAGCAGGCAACGGUGGCAACCUGUCAAACUCCGGGUAUCUAUAACAAAAUUCAUUUUGAAAUGUCACAUAAUGUCAUUUUUCUUCUUCUUGGAUUGUUGUUUCAAUUGAUAUUUUCAUAGUAUUUAAUGACGUUUUCAAGAUUUUAAUAAGAUCUUGAUUGUUUUUAGGAUUA